UCAUCGUGCAUUGUAGGUUAUAUUGGUUCAGUCUCCUUCUUGAACACUGUUCUUAAAGUUGUCGCGAAGCUUAGAUCUAUCAACCCUGAACUUACAUAUGUUUGUGAUCCAGUGUUGGGCGAUGAAGGAAAACUCUAUGUCCCUCAGGAAUUGGUAUCUGUAUACCGUGAGAAGGUUGUACCUGUUGCUUCUAUGUUGACUCCAAAUCAAUUCGAGGCUGAAUUGUUAACGGGUCUCAGGAUUGUAUCUGAGCAAGAUGGGAGAGAAGCUUGCAACACUCUUCAUUCUGCCGGACCAUCAAAAGUUGUUAUAACGAGCAUAAAUAUAGAUGGCAAUCUUCUUCUACUUGGCAGCCAUCAGAAAGAGAAGGGUCAACCUCCAGUGCAGUUCCGGAUUUCAAUCCCCAAGAUUCCUGCAUAUUUUACGGGAACAGGGGAUCUUAUGACUGCACUUCUGCUUGGAUGGAGCAAUAAAUAUCCUGACAACCUUGGCAAAGCAGCAGAGUUGUCUGUAUCAAGCUUGCAGGCACUUCUCGUUAGGACGAUAAAUGACUAUACAAGUGCUGGACACGAUUGCCGGUCAAGCAGUUUGGAGAUUCGUUUGAUUCAAAGUCAAGAUGAUAUUCGAAACCCUGAAAUCAAAUACAAGGCCGAGAUAUACAACUAAAACCAUUUCGUUUCUGAGCCAUCGAAAUUCAUUCAAUAGAGCUGUUAUAUACAUUAUUACAUUGAAGAAUACGUGUCCUGAAUUUCUCAUUCAUUUUUUUUGCCCUCGUAUUUAAAUAUAUGGAGCCUUUUCUGUUACCCAAUGUACAAGUUGGAACUUAUUGGUGGGCUUUGUGUACUUAAGGCAACGACGCACGUAUUAAUAACAUUGGGAAUUUUUUAGUGUUAUUAA